GUACCUAGAGAUUAUUUGAGAUCGUGUUUUUGAUCGACUUAUUGCGUCCAGAAGAUCUUAGUUUCCUUGUUCGCUCCGAUCAAACUCUGAAAGCGAAAACCGAUUGUUCCUAUGAUCAUAAGGCGAACGUUACUUUAGCUAUCAUCAAACUAUCCAGUGAUAACGAUGUCUUCACCAACAUCGACACCAAGUCGUAAAGGGGGGAAGCGUGGGAGGGGCAAUAAUCCCCCCACAUCUCGUAGUGAUGGAGUACAGUCUCCACCAUCACAAAGACAACGAUUGGAUGAGUCUACAUCCACUGGGGAUCUGCAGCCAAUGCCAACCUCUCCAGCAGCAGAUGCUCAGAGCCUACGUGUGCAGGAAUCAUCCUUCUUAUCUAGCCCAGCACGGUCACGCCAUUCAGCUGCCAGUGAUUUUGACAUAAGCUCACCUUUGACCUAUGGCACGCCGAGCUCGAGAGUUGAAGGCACACCCCGCAGUGGUGUACGGGGGACACCUAUACGCCAGCGUCCUGAUCUUGGGUCUGCACGUAAGGUCCGUCAGGUUGAUUUGCAUGCAGACCAGCCUUCAGCAGAUGAUGUUGUGACCAGUGAGCAAUCCCUUGGUCAGAAAUUAGUAAUCUGGGGAACAGACGUCAAUGUAACUGCAUGCAAAGAAAAGUUCCAGAGGUUCCUUCAGCGGUUUAUUGAUCCUUCUGCUAAAGAAGAGGAAGCUGUAGGCAUAGACAUAAAUGAACCACUUUACAUGCAACGACUUGCAGAGAUGAACUUGGUGGGAGAGCCAUUUCUGAAUGUGAACUCUUCUCAUUUGAGAACAUUUGAUCCUGAAUUAUACAGGCAGCUGAUUUGUUAUCCACAGGAAGUGAUUCCCACUUUUGAUAUGGCUGUCAAUGAGCUUUUCUUUGAGCGAUUCCCUGAUUCUCUACUGGAGCAUCAAAUCCAAGUGCGACCAUACAAUGCUUUGAGAACCAAAAAUAUGAGAAGUCUGAAUCCAGAAGAUAUUGAUCAAUUAAUUACAGUCAGUGGCAUGGUGAUCAGAACUUCUCAACUGAUUCCUGAGAUGCAAGAAGCAUUCUUCAGCUGUCAAGUGUGUGCUUUUUGCACAAGGGUGGAAGUUGAUCGUGGACGGAUUGCUGAACCAUCUGUGUGCAAGAACUGCAACACCACACACAGUAUGGCUCUGAUCCACAACCGUUCUGUAUUUUCAGAUAAACAGAUGGUUAAGUUGCAGGAGUCCCCUGAAGACAUGCCUGCAGGACAGACACCACAUACAGUUAUACUUUUCGCUCACAAUGACCUAGUGGACAAAGUGCAGCCUGGAGAUCGAGUGAAUGUCACAGGUAUCUACAGAGCUGUACCUAUCCGUGUGAAUCCCAGAGUUAGCAAUGUGAAAUCAGUGUAUAAGACUCAUAUUGACGUUAUUCACUUUCACAAAACUGAUGAGAAACGACUUCAUGGACUUGAAGAAGAAAAGGAACAGAAACUGUUCACAGAGGAGCGUACUGAAAUGCUGAAAGAGCUUUCUAAAAAGCCCGACAUCUAUGAACGACUUUCAGCUGCUUUGGCUCCUAGUAUUUAUGAGCAUGAAGAUAUCAAAAAGGGUAUCUUAUUGCAGUUAUUUGGUGGUACACGCAAAGAUUUCAGUCACACUGGCCGUGGCAAUUUCCGUGCAGAGAUCAACAUUCUACUGUGUGGUGAUCCUGGUACCAGUAAAUCACAAUUGCUUCAGUAUGUGUACAACCUGGUGCCCAGAGGUCAAUAUACUUCUGGUAAAGGCUCCAGCGCUGUCGGUCUAACUGCCUAUGUAACCAAGGAUCCUGAGACACGACAAUUGGUCUUGCAGACUGGUGCCCUUGUUCUUAGUGACAAUGGUAUCUGCUGUAUCGACGAGUUUGAUAAAAUGAAUGACAGCACAAGAUCUGUGUUGCAUGAAGUUAUGGAGCAGCAAACCCUUUCCAUUGCAAAAGCUGGGAUUAUUUGUCAACUGAAUGCCCGCACGUCUAUACUAGCAGCUGCAAACCCAGUGGAGUCACAGUGGAAUCCCAAAAAAACAACUAUAGAAAAUAUCCAGCUUCCACAUACAUUGCUGUCCAGAUUUGACUUGAUCUUCCUUAUGUUGGACCCACAAGAUGAAGCUUAUGAUCGACGUCUUGCCCAUCACUUGGUUUCCCUUUACUAUCAAAGCGAAGAGGAAAUGAAAGAAGAAUACCUGGAUAUGGCAAUGCUCAGAGAUUAUAUUGCCUAUGGCCGCACUUAUAUUCACCCUAAACUUAGUGAGGAAGCCAGUCAAUCGCUGAUUGAGGCUUACGUGGACAUGAGGAAAGUUGGCAGCGGUAGAGGUAUGGUCUCAGCAUAUCCCCGACAAUUGGAGUCACUGAUACGUCUGGCAGAAGCUUAUGCCAAAGUGCGGUUUUCUGAAAAAGUGGAAAAUAUUGAUGUAGAAGAGGCAAAACGCCUUCACCGGGAAGCUCUGAAACAGUCUGCGACUGACCCAAGAACUGGAAUUGUAGAUAUAUCUAUUCUUACUACAGGAAUGAGUGCCACUGCACGUAAACGCAAGGAGGAGUUAGCUCAAGCCUUAAAGCAGUUCAUUCAAUCUAAAGGCAAAACUCCAGCUAUGAAAUAUCAGCAACUGUUUGAUGAUCUGCGAUCUCAAUCUGAUGUUGCUAUUACCAAGGAUAUGUUUGAAGAGGCCCUCCGAGCUCUGGCAGAUGAAGACUUCUUAACUGUAACCGGGAAAACUGUUCGACUGCUGUAAUAGUCUGUUGCAAGAAAUUUAUCAGACAAUGCUUACUUAUUUUUACUGAAGCAAUAUACCAAUCAGAUGUACUUCACAUCAUUUUGUUUAAAUAUCUGAUCCCAUUCUAAGCUGUUUUUCUUUUUUGUAAUGCCAAGCUUCAUGUCUUUAAUAGUGUGUCCAAAACUAAAGCAAUCAGCUAAUAAUACACUGCCAGGGAUGUAAAUAUCAGGUUACAAUUUUACACUUUUCAUGCAUUGUGCCAUUUUAGAGACUCAAAAAAUGAAAUAAUUCAGAUGACAAUGUUAAUGAAGUAGUGAAAAUAUUUGAUUUGUACUGACAAUAAAACUUUCCUCACUUUUUUUUCCUGAUACGUUUGACAUGAUGGAAGCUACCCACUUCAUGACUGUAAGAUUGAUACAGAUCUACUAGGAAACUUAGAUUUAUACUGAUGCUAGAUUUUAAUUUGUGCCAAAUAAAUAAGAUAAAAUAUU